AUGGCGGCACUGCCUCAAAAUAUGGCUCCUCAGGUAGACAAGAGGACCCGAGACCAUGCUGCGCUGCCUCUUGCAUCGGCCGCUUCAGCAUCAGGGUCCGCAACGACGUCGGCUAACGGGAGUCGCGAGGCGAAGAAGUGGAAGCCUGAGGACUUCGAGAUAGGGAGGCCGCUGGGACGCGGGAAGUUCGGGAAGGUGUACAUGGCGCGAGAGAAAGAGCACGAGUUCGUCGUGGCGCUGAAGAAGCUUUCAAAGAAGGAGCUGCUCAAGGCGCGCAUGGAGCACCAGCUGGUGCGAGAGGUGGAGAUCCAGAGCAACCUCCGCCACCCGCACAUCCUGCGCCUCUUCGACUACUUCUACGACGAGACAAACGUGUAUCUGAUUCUGGAGUUCGCGCCAGGAGGCGAGCUAUUUCGCGAGCUCCAAAAGUCGCAACGCUUUUCAGAGCCACGCGCCGCCACGUACAUCCUAUCGUUAGCGGAGGCGCUGAUCUACUGUCAAUCCAAGAACAUAAUCCAUCGCGACAUCAAGCCCGAGAACCUGCUGCUCGGAUCCAAUGGCGAGGUGAAGAUCGCAGACUUCGGAUGGUCCGUACACGCUCCUAGUUCGCGUAGACGCACUCUUUGUGGUACUCUCGACUACCUCCCCCCGGAAAUGGUCGAAGGCACUUCGCAUGAUCGCAUGGUGGACAUCUGGAGCCUCGGCGUGCUCGCGUACGAGUUUCUCUACGGAAUUCCGCCGUUCGAAUCAACCACCACCGCGCAGACGUACAGACGAAUCAUGCAGGUGGAUCUAAAAUUCCCACGCAACAUCAAUGUGUCAAGCGACGCCAAGGACCUGAUCCAACGGCUGGUGGUGAAGGAGCCGUCGGCACGCUUGGCGCUGAAAGACUUGGUCGUGCAUCCAUGGAUUCAUAAGUACGCGGAGCGCAAGCCUCGGGAGCAGGUGCUGGCGACAGUCGUGCAAUAA